AUGACGAGCUCCAAGAAGUUCAAGAAGAACUACAAGGUCUUUAAUCCGGUCGAUGUGAACUUGGCAGACGAUGGUGUCGUUCAAGCGAUCGGAAAAGGCGACAUCGUGAUGUCAAUGAAGCAGCCACGCGGUACCGAGAAAGGUGUGCUCACGGACGUGUGGCAUAUCCAGAUGUUAUCGCGUAAUCUGUUUUCCGUGGGUAGAUUCACCAAGGACGUCGGACCAGUCACCUUCAAAACCAAUGGAUGCUUCGCGAAGACGAAAGGUGUCAAGUGGAAGCUCGGUGCUCGCGAAGGCAAAGGGCCUUUCACACUCUGCAUGACGCCAGAAGCGUCUAACGAGGCAAACGCGUUAAGUUCGAAUGAUUGUAAAGGGGUACCGGGUCGUAUCUCUGGCAGCUUCGGCUUGGUCACAUCGGCCACGGAGGACUUGACGCCAUCGUCAAGAAAGGUUAUGGAACCGGCAUUGACUUGGACUCGGUGA